CUCCAAAGCAAAACACUGAAUGGAGGAAACGACAACACUAAAUCGGGCUUCUUCUGCAACAGACUCUCUGGAAAAGCGUCUUUCUGAAUUAGCGGAAGCAAUUAAAGAGUGCGAAGACGAUGCCACGAAGAAAGAGUCCCUCAUUAAGCAGAAUCUCGCCACAGUGCAGUCGCAAAGUAAUCAGAGCAUCAAACAUCUCUUCGAGCAAUUCAAUGGGCUCGUGCUCGAUGAAAAGGUUAUUUCGGCGCGCGUCUUGUGCGAAUUGCUGCUGGACAACGAACAAUUGAUGCCCGACAACAAAUGUUUGUGGAUCGAGACAUUUCGCCUCAUCAAGAAGUUGUUGCAGCACGUCGACUACAAGGGCGUGCGAGAAAUCAUGAAAAAUUGCCGUGAAAAGGCGGCAAAGUGUUUCUCGAAGGAUUUGCGGUCGGAUGAACUUCCGCAGCUGAAUGCGCUUGUCGAUGUGCUGAAAGACAUUUUUGAUCGGAAUGCUUGUUUGUUGCCCGCGUAUUUCAUCAUUACGGAAAUCCAAAAGGGAGAAACGUUCGAAAUGCAUUGGCAAGUAAAUCAUUUGAUCUCGGGCUAUAUUGAGGAGUUUACGAAUGUCGCACAGAUGCUUUCCGUGAUUUUACUGCCGAAACUCUUGCCGGUCAUUGAACACGGCGAUCAUUUAGUGAACUGCUGGCGGUUGGAUCCCAUUUCUCUGAAGUUUUGCUUGAAAGGAGCAUUGCCCUAUUGUCAUCAACUCACACAGCCACAAACGAAACUCUUGCGUUUUGUCUUGGAACAACCUUAUAGUCGAGAUUUUGUUUGUGGCAUGUUAAAUCUCAUAAAAAAUCAGAGAGGCGCCAACAUGCAACUCGAAAAAAACCUCAUUUGGUUGAUAAUUUCGGCAAUGGAGCGUUCCGAGACAAGUCAACACGAAGAAACAAUCCCCUCAUAUUGGCUACAUUUGUCAUCGCAGCUCAUUUACUUCGUUUUAUUCCAAUUUGCGACGUUCCAAAACAUCAUAAACGCCCUAAUCGCCGAACUUUCCGUCAAAAAGUUGUCCAAAGGUCGCAAUCAGCUCAUGUGGAUGUUACUUCAGUACAUUUCGGGCAGCAUUCAACGAAAUCCGAUUCAAAAUUUCCUCCCAAUUUUGGAUUUAAUUUAUUUGUUGUAUCCCGAAAAGGAGCCUUUGCCCAUUCCUGACGUCACAAAUCCAUCUUGCGCGCAAAAAUUGGCUGCUAUGUGCAUCUGGAUGCAUAUAAGUCGAAAAGCGAAAUUAGAUCAUCAUGAGAUGACGUUGUCCUUACCGCCAGUAUUGAAGUUGCAACAUGAUUAUUUGCAAAAGUUGAUAAGUAAUACGGUGACAAUCACGACGAACAAUUACACAAUUCCGCUUUUGUGUAACGCCUAUUCGACAAAUCAGGAUUAUUUUUCGCGUCCCAUGGCAGGAUUGGUUGACACAAUUAGUCCGAAGGGCAGUAACGCGAAUAAUAAUAAUUGUUUAUCGAUGCAACUUCUCGACAGCUUGACCGUGCAUGCAAAGAUGUCGUUGAUCCAUAGCAUCGUGUCGCAAUUAAUUCAGCUUUCGAAGACGGCACUUCCGCAUAACAUUAGUCCCGGAAUGAUUGAAACUUAUUCGCGGUUGCUUGUUUACUCGGAAAUUGAGUCGUUGGGUAUCAAGGGAUUUUUGUCGCAACUCUUGCCGCAAGUUUUUAAGUCGCAUGCUUGGGGAAUUCUUCACACGCUGCUCGAGAUGUUUUCGUAUCGCAUCAAUUUUCAUAUCGCGGCGCACUAUAAAGUGCAGUUGUUGGCACAUUUGAAUGCUUUGGUGAACAUUCAGGUGACGACGCAGCUGCAAAUUUGCAUAGAAUCGACGUCGUUGAGACUCAUUACGGGACUGACGUCGUACGAAAUGAUCUCGCAAAUGUCGAGGUUUUACAUUGCGGAGCAUAAGCCAUCGGGAACGAUCGUUUCGACGGACAAUGAGGAAUUAAAUCGAGCGAUUAUCUUAACGUUGGCACGAGCGAUCAACAAUGCAAAUGCAGGACAUGACAAAACAUCCUUAAAUUGGUGCAAAGACAUGUUAAAUCACGUUUUACAGGCAACGCCUCAUUCUUGGAGUCCUUAUACGUACCAAUGUUUCCCAAAUCCCUUAAAAGAGGUUUUAACUCAGUACACGGGCCCUCGAGAAUCGACUCAAAACAUGAAAAAACUCGUUGACGAGGAAUAUCGCAAUUGGAUUUCGCUCACAAACGAAUCAGAAGCCGUUGCACAAGGCUCAAGUUCGCCCCUUUUCCUCUGUUUGGUGUUCCGAAUGUUGUUGGAAGCCGACAACGUGAACGCUUACGUCAUUAAAACCGUCGAGCGUAUCAGUAUUCGCAGCUCCCCGAUGUAUUUGCGGAAUUUGUGUGACUACAUCAUCUUGGAAAUCACGAAUUUCUCGGGAAAUGGAAAUGCCGCAAAAUGCAUCGAUUGCAUCAACAAGAUGAUUUGGACGUAUUCGAUGUUCGCAAUCGAUUCGUUCAUCAUGAAAAUGGUUUUUCGCCCGAGUGACAACAACGAGGCGCAAGUUUGUUUCUACGUCAUUCAAUCGUUGUUGCUGAAACAGCAGUUCAGAAAUCGUUUGGUCGACUUUUGUCAGGACAAUUCGCCGGAAUAUUGGAAAAUUAACAAUUUGGAGAGGAAUUUGCAAUUUCACCAAAAACAUCCGGAAAAGUUUAUUCAUGACGAGAUUUUGAUGCCUGUGUGUUUUGGAAACGUUUGUUUGAGAAUUUUGCCGGUGUUGGAUAUCGUCAUUCAUCGAUUGAUAGAAUUUUCGACAAAUCAGACGAUAAAGGCGUUGGAGAAUAUUUUGGAUAAUGUCGGAGCUUUGUACAAGUAUCACGAAAGGCCCAUCACGUAUUUGUACAACACACUGUACUAUUACGAGAGGAAAUUGAGAGAUUGUCCGUCGAUCAAAAAGAAGUUGGUAACGUCAAUUGCAAUGGAUAUUUAUAGUAACAACUUCCCAAAUAGCAAGAAAUUCUUGAGGGCAUCAGAAGCGGAAGAGACAGUUUUGUUACAAGAUCCAACUUAUUACACGGAAGUCGUUAAAAAAGUUUUAGAUGCUAUCGAAGACAAAAACAUGCAAACAACAAUCGAUUGGCGUUUCCACGAAUGUCCAAACUAUCCAACUUUUUCACUUUAUCUCACUUGCAUUGAGAUUUUAUGUUUGCCUCAGUCUCCAUCGACGACAACUUGUUAUAUUAUUGACAUAAUUUUGAAACGUUAUGGCAACAUUGCUCCCGGCAAAAUCCAUUCUUGGAUCAAUGCGAUCGGCUUAAUAAUCGCUCGUCUCCCUGAACCUUACUUCACGACAAUUUUCGAUCGUUUGCGUGACUUAUUGAACUCACCAAAACUUGCUGAUUGGAAAUACAAACAAUCGCCCUUCACACUUUUCAACUUUAACACCGCUUAUUCUUCGAUGUUGGAUAAGACUUUUGCGAAUUAUUUGGCUAUUACGCACGCAUUGUUGCAACAUUUUGAUAACGGGCAGAUGGGAAUGAUGAUUGAAUAUAUCAAUCGCGUACUGAAGCCCUGUAUCAAAACGGAGGAACAAAUGAUCUUUUUGUGUCACUUUAUUUGUCCGUUCUUGAAUCGUCUUGAAGCAGAAGUGAAUCGGGGUGCAAUGGAUGUCACAAUUAUGCUCUAUGAGAUCCUCGAACAAGUCGACAGUAACAAGAAAUCGAGCGAAUUGAAGUAUUUGGAUCCAAUUUGUGACUUGUUGUAUCACUUGAAGUACAUGUACAUUGGGGAUUUGUUGAAAAACGAGAUUGAAGUUAUCAUUAAACGACUUUCGGCACCUCUUCGCAUGAGAUUACGGUUUAUUACGAGACUAAAUGUGGCGAAUGUUAACACAGCAGACGAAGAUAUGAACAAAUAAAUGUUUUUUUAA